AUGGGUGGCCACGUCAACGUAAUGGACGAUGUCCUCAUAUCAAACUUACCACCCGCCUACCUCCGUUCCGCCCUCCGAACCCUCCUCUCCCAGGGUCCCAUAAACCAGCGCCCCUUCGUCGAACACAUCCGAGCCCGCCUCGAAGAAACGCCGCCCCCCCUCACAGAACCUUCCAAACUGUUUCCAUCCCCUGGCACUUCGUCCCCCGAAUGCGUCGAUUUCCUCGCCCUAACAAGAUGUGUAUUCUCUUCGAAGCUCGCCGGCGAGUCUCUAGCCUACUUAUCACACUUUGUCAACUCCAUCAUCCAAGCACACGCUUCAUGGACACCUAAAUCACCACUGUCACAGAACCUAGAUAAAUUCGCGGGUGACGCCGUGCAGGCCAUGCAAGCCCUGAAGGAGUCUGCCCCGGAGAAGAGUCCCAAACUCAGAGAAGAUCUCCAGGCUCUACUGGCCAGCUUCUCAUCCUGCCAGACCUACUGUACGAAUUCAAAGUUGCAGUAUCCCUUUUCAAGGGCAGAUCGUCAAGUCCGAGAUACACUGCAGUUAUUCUUUCCUGAUACCGCUAUUCAAUCCCUCCCCAGUAAUGCGGAUCGCAUCACGGUUACGUUACCGCCCGACAGUGCAAUCGAGACAUUCACACUUGGGAAUCGACAGCUACCCAGGUUGUUCAACGGGCUAUGGCAACUAUCUUCUCCUGCCUUCGGGGUAGGCAACUCUGACCAACAGCAACAAAAGCUCAUCAAGCUCGUGGAGGCGGGUCUCGUCGCAGCCGACAUGGCAGACCAUUAUGGUGACGCAGAGUUAGUAUACGGCGAGUUUCGCAAUAGUCUCCCUCCAGAUAUCCAGCCGGAAAUAUACGCCGCCACAAAAUGGUGCGUUUUCAAACCGAUCAACACGCGCGUCACUACAGAAUAUGUCCUAGCAGCUGUGAAGGAACGGUGCAGACGACUAGGUGGACGGGUGGACCUGCUUCAGUUCCACUGGUACGAUUACGAAGCAAAGGAGUAUCUCGAGAUCCUACAUGAAUUAAUCGGCAUUACGAAAUCCCACCCGGAGCUCCUAUCGGCCGUGGGGCUCUGCAACUUUGACGCAGAGCACACGGAGGAGAUUUGCAAAUACUUGAUAGAUCGUACGGGUGAAGUGGGCAUUGUAUCGAAUCAAGUUCAGUUUUCGCCAAUUGAUACCCGGCCGUUGAUGGGCAUGACUCAAGUUUGUGAGCGGUAUAAUCUUAAACUACUCACCUAUGGAUCACUUUGCGGCGGACUCCUCACGGAGAAAUGGCUCAACCAACCCCCACCUGAUAUAUACUCCCCGUCUAACCCGCUGAACCCUUCACAGCGGAAAUACCUCGACAUGAUCAGCCACUGGGGCACAUGGCAGGAGUUCCAGUCCCUACUGAGCACACUGUCUCUUCUCGCGACUAAAUACAGCGUUAGCAUCGCAGACGUAGCAAGUAGAUGGGUAUUGCAGCAGCCCUCCGUUGGUGCCAUCCUCGUGGGGACAAGAUUGGGCAUCUCGGAUCGGUGUGCGGACGCACUUAAAGUGUUUGGGUGGAACUUGAGCAAUGUUGAUAUCAUGGCCAUCGAUGCAUUUGCGCAUGGUAAGGGCGGAGAAAAAUUGGGUGCUGUGUACCAGAAGAUUGGUGACUGUGGACAGGAAUACAGAGGGAUGCGCGCAUAA